GGUGAACCACAGGAAAAACAAUGUUAUUGAACACUUUUCAAUAUCCUUAUGUAUCAGAAAGAUUGUUUGAAAGUAAAAUAGUGGGUGAGCUUUAAGGAGAGCGCUGAUAGUCACUGAACUUUAAUUGUACAAGUUACUCUUGUCUCAUUGAGCCUCCAAAUAAUUGAUAUUUUUAAGCCAGAGGUAGAUAGAUUGUUGAUUAGUACAGGUAUCAGGAAUUAUGGGGAGAAUGCAGGAGAAUGGGGUUAAGAGGGAAAGAUAGAUCAGCCAUGAUUGAAUGGCGGAGUAGACUUGAUGGGCUGAAUGGCCUAAUUCUGCUCCCAUCACUUAUGUCCUUAUGACAAUUCCUUCCAUAAUUUUCUUAUUUACCAAUUUUUCAGGAUCUGGGUAUUUCUGGGUGAGGCCAACAGUUAUUGCCCAUGUCAUCUACUUGACCUGCUGUACCUGCUGCAGUCCAUGUGAUGUACAUGGUCCCACAGUGCCCAUGUCAUCUACUGCACCUGCUGCACAUCCAUGUGGUGUACAUGUUCCCACAGUGCCUUUGGGAAGGAGAUGCAAGACGUACACCCAAUCACUGAAGAGGCGGUGAUAUAGUUCCAAAUGAGAGUGGUGUGGAGGUAAAGGCAGCUCAAGCAUUUCGUCGGACAUCAGUUCGAGCACAGAUCACACGCUGACCAAAGCUGCAAGGAAUGCAGCUGCCAGUGAAGAUUCUGACUUGAGUAUGCGGACAUUGAACACUCCCAGCCCAGCGCUGAUCUACAGUGUGACCACAUCGCCCGUACAGAACGGCCAGACAUCCUCCACUUCAUCGUCGUCUGUCACUGGGGAGGCCACCACUAAGGUGCCGACCCUGGUGCCCGUCCCCCCUUGUGGCAUCAGGCCGGCCUCCAGGCUGCGGAGAGAACAGUCUCCCAUCGACAGACUGCCAGACCACACGCUGAUCGACAUGUUCUCCCACCUCCCCACCAACCAGCUGUGUCGAUGCACCAGGGUAUGUCGGCGCUGGUACAGUCUGUGCUGGGACCCACGCCUGUGGAGGACAAUCCGUCUAACGGACGAGACAGUCAACGUGGACAAAGCACUGCGUGUGCUGACGCGUCGACUGUGUCAGGACACGCCCAACGUGUGCCUCAUGCUGGAGAACCUCAUCAUCCUGAGCUGCCGACGCCUGUCUGACAGGGGCCUUUACACCAUUGCUCAGUGCUGCCCCGAGCUGCGGCAGCUGGAAGUACCUGGCUGCUACAACAUCUCCAAUGAAGCACUCUAUGACCUGGUCUCACGGUGUCCCAACCUGGAGCAGCUGGACGUUUCAGGUUGCUCCAAGAUAACCUGCAUCAGUCUGACGAAGGAGGCUUGUGUGAAACUCUCCCCACUUCACGGGAAGCAAACCUCCAUCCGUUACCUGAACAUGACCGACUGCUUUCUCCUGGAGGACCAGGGGCUGCACACGAUAGCAGCCCACUGCACGCAGCUGACACACCUGUACUUGCGCAGGUGUAUCCGUGUCACCGACGAGGGCCUGCACUUCCUCAUGCUUUAUUGCACCACAAUCAAAGAGCUGAGUGUCAGUGACUGCCGGGCGGUGACUGACUUUGGUAUGAGAGAGGUGGCAAAGCUGGAAGCACAUCUGAAGUAUCUCAGCAUUGCUCACUGCGUGCGGAUCACGGAUGUUGGAGUCCGCUACAUAGCCAAGUACUGCAGCAAACUGCGCUACCUGAAUGCACGAGGUUGCGAUGGGCUGACUGACCACGGCAUUGAGUACCUGGCCAAGAACUGCACAAAACUCAAGUCCCUGGACAUUGGCAAGUGCCUGCUGGUUUCUGAUGCUGGCAUGGAGGUUCUGGCAUUGAACUGCUACAACCUCAAGAGGCUAAGUCUCAGAUCGUGCGAGAGCAUCACUGGCCGCGGGUUGAAGAUCGUCGCAGCAAACUGCUUUGAGCUACAGGCUUUGAACGUGCAGGAUUGUGAUAUCUCUGUGGAGGCCCUGCAGUUUGUGAAACGCCAUUGCAAGCGGUGUAUUAUAGAGCACACCAACCCAGCCUUCUUCUGACUGACCUCACAGCACCAGACCAGCCCUCCAAACGCCUGACAGUUUAUUUGCUCUUAUUUUCCAAAUCCAAUAUUUACUUCAUUUCUGCACUGUACAAUAAUAAUUAUAUUAUGACAAAGUCAUGGAAAUGAAAUACAAUGUUUUUUUAUAGUAUGCAUUUGUACAUUUUUACCUGUCAAACCACUAUAGAAAUCAUUAUCCAGAGACAUAAAUACAAACUGCUGGAAAAAUUAAACAACUUUUUCAUUUGUUCUUACAUUCCUCUGUGGAAUCUAUAAAGGCAAUCAUCUGAAUAC